AUGGGGUUAUACAUCCAUGCUGAUUUUCAGUCAGAACCAGCCAGAACUCUAAAGGAGGUAUCCAAGAUGUUCACUCUCACCACAUCCCUGAGUUAUUCCUCCAUAUACAGUUGGGAGACAAAAGUCCCAAUUCGUUCAUAUAGUCCUUCAAAUGAGAUCAUCAUUGGUGAAUUUGUAUCCAUUACACUGGCCGAGAUCACUGUGUCGUUAUUUAUGGAAGAUCCAGAUUCCCAUGUCAAAAGUGUCAUAAUUCCUAAAAACUACCAGCAAGUCCUUGCCUUUGUUUUUGCCAUCCAUGCAAUCAACAAGGAUGCUGAAUUGUUACCCAACACCACGCUGGGAUUCAAGAUUUAUGAGAAUUCUUUUGAUUCAAGGCAGUCCUGUAAAAAUGCUCUGAAACUACUCUUUACGGGACAAGGGGAUCCUACCAAUUAUAACUGUGCCAGGGAAGACCAAGCAGUGGCUGCUAUUGGUGGUCUCACCUCCCAAACCUCCAUCCAGAUGGCCAGAGUCUUUAAUGCCUACAAGGUACCACAGUUCAACUAUGGCUCCGUUGAUCCAGCAUUGAGAGACAAAAUUCAAUUUCCAUCUUUCUACCAGAUGGUCCCAAAAGAGGAAUCUCAGUACAUUGGAAUUGUUCAGCUGUUGAAGCAUUUUGGAUGGACCUGGAUUGGCCUCAUUCUUUCAGAUAAUGACAGUGGGGAAACCUUUCUUCGAACUCUGAGACCAAGGCUUUUGCUGAGUCAUAUUUGCAUUGCUUGGAUGCAGGUGAUCCCCAAAAUUGGAGGGAAUUUUGCAGAAGAAGUAGUUGAAGAAAAAUUGAGACCAAUUCAACUGACCCUUUUAUUAAGUGAAAUCAGUGUGAUUCUUGUCUAUGGUGACAGACAGUCACUGGAGGGUUUACACAUGGUUCUGUGGUUGAAUGAAAUUAUUUUUAUGAACCCUGUACAGAGGGUGUGGAUCACAACAGCUGAAUGGGAUUACACAGCCGUAUGGUAUCGGGGGAAAUUCACAACAAAAUCCUUCAAUGGAACCUUGUCAUUCACUCUCCAUUCAAAACAGGUGCCAGGAUUUGUAGACUUCAUUGAGAAAAUAAAUCCAUUUCAGUCUGCAAUUCUUUUCAUCAAGAAGUUCUGGUUUACUGCAUUUCUCUGUUCAUUCCCACAAUAUAAAUUUCAUGCACCAAGCAAGGUGAAUUGUACUGGGGAGGAGAAGCUGGAAAGCCUUCCUAGAACUGUGUUUGAAAUGGAAAUGUCUGGCCAGAGCUACAACAUCUACAAUGCUGUCUAUGCUGUUGCACACGCGCUCCAUGCCAUGGAUUUAGCAAGAGCCAAACUGAAAUUUAGAGGAGACGUGGACAGAUGGAACCUCCAGAAAGUUCAGCCAUGGCAGCUGCACUCUUUUCUGAGAAACAUUCACUUUAAUAACAGUGCUGGGGAAGACAUCUUUUUUGACGAUAGUGGGGACCCGACAGGUGGAUACGAUCUCAUCAACUUGGUUACCUUCCGCAAUCAAUCAUUCCAGAGAGUCCAGGUUGGAAGGAUGGAGCCCGAUGCAACUCCAGAGAAUGGGUUCACCAUGAAUGGAAACGCCAUUGUGUGGAAUCACAAGUUCAAUCAGAUGCAGCCCAGUUCUACCUGUGUCGAGAGCUGCCACCCUGGGCAGAGCAUGUUUGUCCAACCAGGGAAGCAAGUGUGUUGCUACGAUUGCGUUGAGUGCCCCCAAGGGAGGAUCUCAAUCCAGAUGGAUGCAGACCAGUGUGAGAUGUGCCCAGAAGAUCAGUAUCCAAACAAGAAGCAGGACCAAUGUAUUCCCAAAGAAACAAUCUACCUAUCUUACGUGGAGCCCUUGGGAGACAUUUUGGCAGUUUUAGCCCUUUUCCUCUCUUUUAUCACAGUUGUUGUGAUGUGGAUCUUCAUUCAGCACCACAAUACACCCAUAGUCAAAGCCAACAAUUGGAGCAUCACAUUCACCCUGCUCUGCUCUCUGCUGCUCUGCUUUCUCUGCUCCUUCUUGUUCAUUGGGAGGCCUGGGAAGGUGACCUGCCUGCUCAGGCAAACAGUAUUUAGCAUCAUCUUCUCCAUUGCUGUUGCUUGUGUGUUAGCAAAGACCAUCACUGUGGUUUUGGCCUUCAUGGCCACAAAGCCUGGAAACAGGAUGAGGAAAUGGGUUGGGAAGAGAGUGGCUGCAUUAGUCAUGAUUCUCUCUUCUCUUAUUCAAAUUGGCAUCUGUGCUGUGUGGCUGGCAACUUCUCCCCCCUUCCCAGAGUUCGACAUGCACUCCCAGGUUGACACAAUCAUCGUUCAAUGCAAUGAAGGCUCAGCCCUCAUGUUCUACAUGGCACUGGGCUACAUGAGUUUUCUGGCCAUCAUCAGCUUCACAAUGGCUUUCUUUGCCAGAAAGUUGCCGGAUACUUUCAAUGAAGCCAAACUGAUCACUUUCAGCAUGUUGGUCUUCUGCAGUGUUUGGGUGUCUUUUGUGCCAACAUACCUGAGCACCAAGGGGAAAUACAUGGUGGCUGUGGAGGUCUUCUCCAUCUUGGCCUCUGGUGCUGGCUUACUGGGUUGUAUCUUCCUUCAUAAAUGUUACAUUAUUGUGCUGAGGCCUGAGCUGAACACCAGAGAGCAAUUAGUAAGAAAAAAGAAUGGCUAG